UGUGGAGGACUGUGUUGGUUGGUGUAGUGUGUGUGCAGGACGCUGGCCAGCGGGGGACCUUACUCUCACUCUCACUCUCACUCUCACACUCACACCUCACUCUGUCACCUCUCACUCUCACUACCUCCUGCCACACUCAACCUCAUCUACAUCACAAGACAAGAGUCACGCCAUCUUGCCUGAAGGAUCAGAAGAGAUUUUCAAAAUGGAUAACACUCAGUCUUACCCAUCAAAAAAACAUGAGCCAGAUAAUGACAGUGGCCUUGGUUCAGUAGUUGCAAAACACUACAACAGCAUUGAAGACAAAGGGGUGAAGGAGAGGAGUAAAAGCCGCAUUUUCUUCAUGAGGAACUCUAACAACUGGAUCAAAAGUUAUCUCAUAAACUACUGUUUAGAGCAAAUUCGGGAUCGACAGGUUGAUGAUUAUCCCAUUUCUGCACUUGAUCUUGGCUGUGGUAAAGGUGGUGAUCUUCUGAAGUGGCAGAAGGGAAAUAUACGACAUCUUGUAUGUGCAGACAUUGCAGAAACUUCCCUAGAUCAGUGCAAGGAGCGACAUGAGUUAAACAAGAAGAAGGGCCGCGGAAAAGGGUUUACUGCAGAAUUCAUUCUUGCAGACUGUACAAAGAAAAGAAUAAAACCCCUUUUGGAGAAUCCGAACAAGCAAGUGGACCUCGUGUCUUGCCAGUUUGCUUUCCACUACUGCUUUGAAAGCCUCAAUCAAGCAGAAACUAUGCUUCGCAAUGUCUCGGAAAAUCUAAAAAAAGGUGGUUACUUUGUUGCCACAAUUCCCAAUGCAUAUGAAAUUAUAACCAGACUGAAAUCCAGUAGGGGAAGAAGUUUUGGAAAUGAAGUUUACCAAAUAGAAUUUCCUGAAGAUAGACCAGAAAAUCCACCACUAUUUGGUGACCGCUACAACUUCUUCCUAGAGGGAGCUGUGAACUGCCCGGAAUUCCUUGUCCACCCUCCAACUCUUGAAAAGUUGGCCAAAAAAUGGGGUCUUCAGCAGCUGUGGAGUCGAGAUUUUGCUACUGUAUAUAAUGAUGCUUUAAAGGACCAGGAAUGUCAGCAUCUGUUGAAUGUUAUGAAAGCUCUCGAGAAUUUUCCUGAUGAAGUUGAACAAGUAACAGAAACAGAUGGUGAAUACAAACAUGCUCGGGAAUACUUGUCCAGUAAAAGUGGUGUCGAGCUCGUCAGGACUCUCUCCAAAUCAGAAUGGGAGGCAAUGUGUCUGUAUCGUGCCUGCAUCUUCAAGAAGGUCAACUGAAGCACAGGAAGCUGUGCUAAAUUGCAGGGGGAUUCUUUUUGUUAAGGAAUCUUGAUUAAUAAAUAUGUAAGUUUCACAGAAUAAAGUACUGUACUGUA